CAUGAUACAAGCGGUCCCCUGGGAUGGAUGAGUAGACGCGGAACGGCGUGAUCGCGUGGUGGCGCUCCCAGCUGCGGUAGCUAUGGGACCCGUCGCUGUGGUUGCGUAUUAGCCCCAUCAACUGGCGUGCUCGCAACCCUGCAGAAUACCUCCUCUCGGCCAAAUGUCGCUGGUGGAGAACAGACUUUUAGUUCUGGACGCUGCUCGGCGGCCAAGGGGAUGAGGCGGAGCUCGAUGCUUCUGUGCUCUGCAGGGCCAUAUAUUGUGGUGUGGGCAAGCUCUCUGGCACGACGGGCGCCCUGUUAGUCACAAAGGUACUAUUCGGCGAUAUGGCUUCUCCGUUGCAAAUCCGCAAAUGGUAUCAGAUCCGCUGGUUCCGGGAAGAAGACAGUCCAGAGGAGCGCAAGUUGAUUGUGAAGCUCGAUCUCCUCAUUGUGCCCUAUGUCUUUCUCGCGUACUGGGUCAAGUACAUCGAUCAGGCCAAUAUUAAUAAUGCCUAUGUUGCCGGCCUCAAAGAGGAUUUGAAUUUUCAUGGCAAUGAACUUGUACGGCUCCAGACCAUGUAUAUUUUGGGUGCAGUACUUGGACAGCUCCCGUUUCUGUACCUUUUCACUCGGACGCCUAUGUUUUACCUCAUUCCAUUUCUGGAUGUCUCCUGGGGCCUCUUCACGCUACUUCAAUACCGGGCACAUUCGUUUGCAGAACUGGCUACUUACCGAUUCCUUGUGGGCUGGUUCGAGGCCGCGUUCUUCCCCGCCAUUCAUUACAUCUUCGGCUCGUGGUAUCGAGGUGACGAGAUUGCGCGUCGAGGCGGCUUUUUCUACGUCGGUCUCACUCUUGGCACUCUCACAGCUGCUCUCAUCCAGUCGGGAGCGUCAUCACGACUGGAUGGCGUAAAUGGCCUCGCAGGCUGGCGCUGGAUGUACAUCAUCUGCGCUCUGGUGACAAUUCCAAUAGGAUUCCUGGGACUAAUGGUCCUCCCGGGGACGCCAGACAAGCCUAACAAGCUGGUCAUGAAGGAGCACGAUCUGCAGAUUGCAAAAAAGCGUCUUCGGAGGGCAGGCCAUGCUGUAGGAGGCAAUGUCACUCCUAAUACCUUUGUCAAAAUCGCCAAGUCUCCCCGCGUUUGGGCCUUGCUGCUCCUUGAUAUCUUCUUCUGGAACGGAUCCAUCAACACUUCCACUGGCGGCUAUCUACUUUGGCUUAAAAGCCUGAAGCGAUACUCGAACGCACGUGUCAACGAGCUUGGUGCCAUUUCGCCUGCGUUAGGCAUCUUUUACACCCUGGCCAUAUGCUUUGCUUCUGAUCUCAUCCUUGGACCAGCGUGGGCGAUUACCGUGGCCCAUGUCUGGAAUAUCAUCGGACUCGUUACCCUAACAAUCUGGAGCGUACCAGAAUCGGCGUUGUGGUUUGCUUUCAUGACGACCUAUUCAGCGGUAGCCAUGUCGAGCGUUCUCUACGGAUGGAUCAAUAGCCAACUAAGCUAUUCGCCAGCCGAGCGUUCUGUCGCUUUGGUGCUCGCGAACACGCUGGCGCAGUCUACGACCGCCUGGACACCGCUAUUAACGUUCAAAACAGUCGAGGCGCCGAGGUUUCGCAAGGGAUAUCCUUUUGUGCUUGGGAAUGCCUUUUGCCUCAUCAUCCUCGCGCACAUCAUCAACUACUUCGAAAAGAAGAGGAAGAGACAAUCCGAUCCCGUCACAGACGAUGAGGCCGGUCAAACAUCAACCACGUCAGAGGGCUCUACCGUGUCUCCGAAUAAGGUCGAUGCACCCUCGUAGGAUCAGGAGUCAUGCGUUGAGUUAUGACGGGAAAGCCAUCUCCAAGCAUCUAUUCUAUCACCCCAGAUCCCGAAUUUCGGGCUGCAUCAGAAGGCAAACAUCCUGUGAGAGAAGACGCAAAUUUCGCACCAUGUCGUAGCUAAAUGCCUAUUGGAAACUUUUGAACCCCGCCAAUCUUUGUC